GACACACAGAUCACAACAGAGCAAACCCUAAUAUCUCCCCCCAAUUCAAUCCCUCCAGUGCCCACGGUUCAUCUAUAACUGCAAUGAUUGCCUCAAAACCCUUGCCCAACAAUCGAUUCCUCUCAAUGGAUCCAGGGUUUUUCUGAUGUUGCUGUUGAGGUUUGGUGGUCCCUAUAUCUUAAAGCUUCGUAAGUGGUUGUGAAUUAUUGGUAUUCGCUCUUGAUACGGGGGUUUUAUGUGUGAUGCCAUGAAAGGUAGAUCUGUGGGAGUGGUUCGAGAAUCUGGUUAGGUGUUAGUGAUUUUUGGUGGGGUCUGUGUAAGUUAUUGAAUCAUUGGUGCAUGUUCGUGUUUUAAUUGAUUGUUGGUUCUGUGGAUCCUAGAUAGGUGGAUCUGUGAUUUGGGUUUGUGUUUAUGCCCCAUUUGAAGGAAAUUUUGAGUUGAUUUUCAUGUUUUUGGGCUUUAUCUAGUGGGUGAGUAUCUCCCAUUUUGUAUCACGUUUGGAUUUUUAGCUUUUGGAGUUUCUGGGUUUUGUUGAUAGGUGCUUAUUACCAGAUACUUGCCUCGUACGAAACUUGUUGUGGAUGUGGGUCCUUGCAAAUUUGGAGCGUUGAUGCCAGUUUAGAUGUGUUUUGAGAGGAAUUGUGGCUGUUACAUGUUAUUGCCAUCAAAUUUUAGCUUUUAGGUUUUGAAGGUUUGUGGUGUUGUUGACUAGUGUUUGUUACUUUCUAUCUGUGGAAACUUUCUUUGUAUGAAGAUUGACACAGAUUUGGGUUGCAACAAAUUAGGAGGGAAUGGAAAUUUCUAAAUGUGUUAUUUGUAUUAUGUAAAGUUAUAGAGAGGCAAGGACUCAAUGUCAUUUAAGAGUAUCAUUCAGGAUAUGAGGGGGGAAUUUGGGAGCAUUUCUAGAAAAGGGUUUGAAGUGAAAUUUAACUAUGGGUUGAGAUCACGGUCACACCGGGUGGUUCAGGAUAGUUCCAUGGUGGUUGAUGCGUUGAGACAGAGUUGUUGGGCUAACAUGCCUCCUGAAUUGCUGAGGGACGUCUUAAUGAGGAUAGAAGCAUCUGAGAGUACUUGGCCUCCUCGGAAAAAUGUGGUUGCUUGUGCUGGUGUGUGCAGAAGUUGGAGAGAAAUCACUAAGGAAAUUGUGAAAACCCCAGAACUGUCGGGCAAGUUGACGUUCCCCAUCUCUUUGAAGCAGCCUGGGCCAAGGGGCUCCCUCCUUCAGUGUUUUAUAAAACGGAAUCGUAGCAACCAAACAUAUCAUCUCUAUCUCGGCUUAAAUCAAGCUUCAACUGAUGAUGGAAAGUUUCUUCUUGCUGCACGGAAGUGUAGACGUCCUACUUGCACAGACUACAUCAUCUCUCUUAAUGCUGAUGAUGUUUCCAAGGGGAGCACCACUUAUAUUGGAAAGUUGAGGUCAAAUUUUCUGGGAACCAAGUUCACUGUCUAUGAUGCGCAGCCUCCAAAUGCAGGAGCAAGGAUUAGUAAAUCUCGUUCAACCAGGCGACUGGGUUCAAGACAAGUUUCCCCUAGAGUCCCUGCUGGCAACUAUCCUGUAGCCCACAUUUCAUAUGAAUUGAAUGUCUUGGGUUCCAGGGGUCCAAGGAGAAUGCAGUGUGUCAUGGACGCCAUCCCUGCCAAUGCCAUUGAGCCAGGAGGAGUGGCCCCCACUCAAACUGAAUUUGUUCUUAGCAAUGUGGAUUCCUUUCCAUCCUUCACAUUUUUCAGAUCAAAAUCUAACCGAACAGAGAGUUUGCAUUCUGGGCCUUUGUCUGGCCCAAAAGAUGAAAUGCUGGUUUUGAAAAACAAGGCCCCUAGGUGGCAUGAGCAACUCCAAUGCUGGUGUCUGAACUUCAAUGGACGGGUGACAGUUGCUUCAGUAAAGAAUUUUCAGCUGGUUGCUUCUGCAGAGAAUGGAGUUGCUGGUCAGGAGCAUGAAAAUGUCAUUCUCCAGUUUGGAAAAGUGGGAAAGGAUGUGUUCACCAUGGAUUACCAGUAUCCAAUCUCAGCUUUUCAGGCAUUUGCCAUCUGCCUCAGCAGCUUUGACACCAAAAUUGCUUGUGAGUGAAUGACUGACUAGCAGGUGUUGCCAGAUGCGACUGAAGUGAUCUGGAAAGGCAAUUGUAGUGCUGUGGCUUGUCAGUGCGCAACAAAGCUUUGGUAGUGCAAUCACCUUCCUGUUUCUUCCUAAGUAGUGAGGGUUUUCUUUCUAUUUUUUUCUCUGUACAUAAGCUGCUUCUAUUAUGAGCGAAACGUGCCUGUGCCCAUGUUGGAUGUGGUCUCGCUAACACCCUUCAUCCUUUGGGUCAUUGACUGUUAGAAACUGAACACCUGAAUUGUGUAUGGCUGGCUUUGCGAGUUUGUCAGUUAGGUUCCUUCAGUGUUGCUUCUGUUUUCUUCUAUCAUGUAAUUUUGGAGUUCCAUUUCCGGUUGCUUGUAACAGUUCUUUGAAGAAACCUUCUGAACUAGUAUACAAAUCUCCCCUCUGUUUUAGAUGUUUAACAUUCCCCCAUUGAUGCAUAUAUUCUUUCAACAGCUAAUGGAAGGACUGCUUUACUCUCA